AUGGGGGAAAAAGGAAUUUUUUCGAACCAAAAUGCUGGUUCUUCGAUGACAUCUUAUGGUGGAAUUGUUAAUGAAAUGUUUGAAGGAACACAAAGCAUACCUUCAUCUUCAGAUUUAUCCGAAAAACCUGGCAGACUUAUUCGAGGUAAGCAUUUUUCAAAAAUUAUAAUAAAAAACAAGAUUGUUCGGGAAACAAAAAAAUAAAAUCUGAAAAUUAAUUUUUAAAUUCCAAAACUUGGGUCACGUUUGAAUGAUUAUUUUUAAUUCAAGCACGCGAGUAUUUUAAAAAUGAAUAAUUAAUUACCCGGAAUUCAAAAAAAAAAAACCGAAACAUAGAACAAAAAAUCAUUAUUUUCAAAAGUUAUUCUACCAUUUGGCUUUGGUUAAUCUGACACAUUUCACCCUGCAAUUACUCUUGCUCUCUAUGUCUAUUUUUGUCCUCCAUCUCUUUGAGCACACAAACACUAUUUCUUUCUUUUGCUCUCCAUGUUUGCGUCCUUUUUACGCUAAACCAGAGACCUUUUUUAUGCGAGACGAGAUUAAUUAUUAUUAUUGAUUUUAAUAAUAUAAUUCCAAAUUUUGCAAAGAGUUACUCAAAGUUUUUAUCAAAUAUAAAUCGAUGAUAAAUCGAAAGUUUGCUUACUAAAAUUGUUUAUUUUAUUCUCCUCUUUCUCGCUUUUCUCUCUCAAACCCUAUUGGGUUUCAUUUAUAUUAUUCAUCAUCAUUCAAAUUGUUAUCAGUUGAUUGUCUGAAUUUCUCCGAUUUGCACACUAUCUAGAGUUGUGAUUUGGCAAAGAAGUAAUGAACUCGGAGCCAUCAUUUGGUCCAAGCACAAGUUCUAUGGAUCAUCGGGUGCCUAUUCCCGAAGGUCCAUUUGUUGGUGGGGCUGACGGACCAGGAGCCGGUUCUGUUAAUCCAAAUUUUGAACAAUGUAAGUUAUGAAAUAUCGUUUGAAAAGUAUGACUCAUAAAACAAAUAAAAGUUUCAAGAAGAUUAAUUUUUAAACUAAUUUUAUUCCGAAUUUCAGAUGAAGAAUCAGGAACAGCAACACAUCGAGAACCAAAUGGAUCAACUGCUGGCGAUGCAUCAAGUAUGGAAUUCUCAUCAUCGCGAGAAGGUGGUCUUUCUACAAUAUCCGGUGUUUUUGCUCCCGUUGCUCUCAGCAUGUUCAGUAUAUUAUUAUUUAUGAGAAUGGGUGAGUUUUUGUUUAUUAAAAACAUUAUGUUUCAAAUUUUAAUCUUCUGAAUUUUAGGAUUUGUUGUCGGUCAGUUAGGAUUUCUUGUUACGAUUGUACAAUUAGCAAUGGCAUAUGCAAUAGUUAUGCUUACUGUACUUUCUUUAUGUGCAAUUUCAUCAAAUGGUGCUGUUGAAGGAGGUGGUGUGUACUGUAAGUUUUUGGAUAACUUUAGAAAAAUUUUUGAAAGCAUAAUUUCAGACAUGAUCAGUAGAUCUCUUGGUCCUGAAUUCGGUGGAGCGAUCGGUGUUCUAUUUUUCAUAGCUAAUGUCUUUUCGUGCGCGUUGUAUAUUUCUGGAUUCACAGAGGCUCUUCUGAACAACCUUGGAAAUGGCCGUAUGUUUUUGAAAUUUCUUCAACUUUCAGAUUCUCCAUUUUCAGAGUUUCCUGAUUCGCCAAUGUGGAAGUUUGUUUAUUGUGUACUUGUUUCAUUCAUUCUUCUACUUCUGUCACUUGCUGGAGCUGGAAUAUUCGCAAAAACUGCUCUCAUAACAUUCAUCCUCAUCUCAGUCUGUUAUUCCACUUGGAUUUUUUCAAUUAUUUUCAAUGGACCAAUGGAUGUACCAAUUCCAAAGGUGAGAAAAUGUUUUUCGAAUAAAACAAAAACUGAUUUUGAUUAUUUAGGUUAAUGCUCAAGCAUAUAAAUUGUAUAAUAAUAUAACUGAUGAAUAUUACGAAGAUUUUUCACAAAAUCUCACAGGCCGUUAUACAGGAUUGAGUUUCUCAACUCUUGGUGAAAAUAUGUUCUCUAACUAUACAUCCGAUUAUACGACUGGAAAAGAUACUGAUUUUGCAUUGAUGUUCGCAAUUAUUUUCUCUGGUGUAACUGGUCUUAUGGCUGGUGCAAAUAUGUCUGGUGAACUUGCUCGUCCUUCAGUAUCAAUUCCACGUGGAACUGUACAAGCUGUUUUCACAACAUUGAUUAUUUAUAUAAUGACAGCUUUGUUAAUGGCAUCAACUGCAAGCAGACAUCUUUUGCAAAAUGAUUAUACUGUUAUGAUGGAUACUAAUUUCCAACGAUGGUUUAUUUUGAUUGGUAUAUUUUCGACAACUCUUUUUUCAUCAAUGAGUAAUUUGAUUGGUUCAUCUCGAGUUCUCAAUCGCCUUUCACAUGAUAAACUUUUCGGAUGUCUUCUUCGACCAGCUAAAAUUGAAAUUGGAGAUAGAAACCCAGUUGUUUCUGUUGUCAUCAGUUGGAUUUGUGUGGUUCUUGUAUUCUUGAUUGGAGCCAUGAAUAAAAUUGCCAAAUUAACUUCGAUCUUCUUCCUUCUCUCCUAUAUGGGUGUCAAUGUGGCAACAUUGGCUUUGGAAUUGACCAGUGCACCAAACUUCAGGUAUUUUUCAAAUUUGGAAAUAUGUUGUUAAUAAAAUCAUGAUUUAUAGACCAACUUUCAAAUAUUUUUCGUGGCAAUCAUGUGCUCUUGGAGUUCUUGCAACUGGAACAAUGAUGUUAGUUGUGGAUUCAUCAAUGAGUGCAAUCGGAGUAGUAUUCUUAUUAUCACUUAUCAUGGUUUUGCAUUAUCAAGCUCCAAGUGUUUCAUCUGGUUCAAUUUCUCAAGCUCUGAUCUACCAUCAAGUCAGAAAGUAUCUCUUGCUUCUUGAUGUACGAAAAGAGCAUGUCAAGUAUUGGAGACCUCAAAUUCUUCUUCUCGUUUCUCGUCCAGCAUCUGCUUGUUCGCUUCUCGAUUUUGUGAAUGAUCUCAAAAAAUCUGGACUUUAUGUAAUUGGACAUGUGAGAAAAGGGGAACUCGAAUCAAGUCAAAUAGUUGAUCCACUUCAACAAGUCUUUCCCUAUUGGUUAUCUCUUGUUGAUUAUUUGAAACUGAAAGCAUUCGUUGAAUUGACUUUAUCAAAUAAUAUCCGACAUGGAAUUCAACAAUUAAUGAGAUUAUCAGGUUUAGGAGCAAUGAAACCAAAUACAGUAGUUAUCGGUUUUCAUGAACAACAACCUUCAAGUGUAACAUUGAAAGAAUCUCAACUCUUGAAAGAUUUGAGAUAUUCGAAAAUUGAUCGAGCCGCUGUUGUGGAAUAUUUCACUGCUGGUGAUUAUAUGCCAAGAGAAUUGGAUGGAAAUUUGGAACGAUUGAGUUCAACAGAUUAUGUGAAUGUAUUGAAAGAUGUUCUUCAUAUGACAAAGAAUUUAUGUGUUGCAAGACAUUUCUCAAAACUCGACAAAGAAGCAUUGCAAAGAGGAUGGAAUGGACAAAAGAAGUUUAUUGAUGUUUGGCCUGUCGAUUUGCAAAAACCUGUUGAAACUGGACUUGGUUGGGAUAACAGUUCUCUGUUCUUACUACAAUUAGCUUGUAUUCUAUCAAUGUCAUCGAGAUGGAGAUCGUAUGCCAAAUUACGAGUUUUCAUUUGUGUGAAUAGUUUACAAGUGAGUUUUUUCUUACAAUUAGAAUAUAAAACAUCAGAAUCGAAUAAAUUUAGGACAUGCACCGACGUGAGCGACAAUUGAAAGGUGUUCUGGAUACACUUCGAAUCAAGGCACAAUCAAUUGUUGUACCAUGGGAUCACGUUGUUUGUCAUUAUCAACAACCACAAGGUUCUAAUUCUUCAGUCAGGUAAUUUUUUUCUUUCUUUAGAGUAAAUCUAGAGCUAAAAUUGUAUAUUUUCAGACCAUCUACUGAACUUCCAAGUUCUUAUAUCAGUGCAUUCAAUGAUAUGAUCAAGAGAUAUUCGGAAGAAGCGGCAAUAACACUUUUAAAUCUUCCACUACCACCCGACGAUGCCGAGUUGGAUUCAGAAAAGUAAGUAUUUACAAAAACAAAAAAACAAUUAUAGAUCCGUAAGACAAAACAAUCGCGUGAGUACUGGCUGUUGCGUGAUAUAUCAUCGUAAAAGCUGUCAAAACCACGCAAAAUCAAAAAUCGAUAAUAUUUAAAUUACCGUGUGAAAUUAACUAUAAUUCACUCGGAGGAGAUAUUCUCAUAUUUAUUUCAUUUUUUGCAGAUACUUGGAAGUCAUUCGAAAUUUGACCGAUGCUCUUCCGCCAACUCUUUUAGUUCACGGUGUAUCUUCUGUUAUCUCAACUGCGCUCUAA